AAUCAAGGUACCCUUUUUCAUUGUAUAAAAGGCUCAUACUUACCGACAUUGUACCACUUUACAUUUUUUUGUCAAGUUUUCCAAUUUUGGGUUCUUCUUGCGGUGAAAAACCAUGCUUUGUCCAUCUGUGAAGAAACUUGUGCUGGCCGCUUUUCUAUUCGGUAUUCCUCUGAAUGCUUUGCCCUUGGAGUCCCAUCAAGCGUUGGCUCCUCGCGCCGCUAAUAGUGGCCAUUUGAAGGGCAAAUUUCUUCACGUUACAGACAUCCAUAUUGAUCCCAACUACAUGGCUGGCUCGGAUCCUGACCAAUUGUGCCAUCGCAAGAGUGAAGAUGACGAUGACAAUACUGCGGGCAAAUUCGGUGCUUUGCAUACCAAAUGCGAUUCCCCUAUUCCCUUGGUCGAAGCCUCCUUCAAAUUCAUGAAGGAAUCCUUGCAAGAUGUGGAUUUUAUUAUUUACACGGGUGAUACGGCGCGUCACGAUCGUGAUGACGACAAGCCUCGUACAAAAGACGACGUGUUGCAUGACCACAAGGCCGUGGUGAAAUACUUUAUGGACACUUACGACGUCGGAGACAUCCCUUUCAUUCCUACAAUAGGCAACAAUGACCCUAUUGAACACAACGAAGUUGUCAAGAAGGAUGCGCUUUUCGACGAUCUCAAGACGAUCUGGAAGCCGUUCCAGCUGGAUCUGAAAGAUAGCUUCGACAAAGGUGGCUAUUUCUAUCAAGACGUUAUUCCAGGCAAGCUUCGCGUGAUCAGUUUGAAUACCAUGUUUUUCUACAAGAAAAACGACGACGUUCCCGAUUGCGACGAGAAGAAUGGACCUGGUGCCGUGCACUUGUCUUGGUUGGAAGACGCAUUAAAGGAUACAAAGAAAUCAGGCUCCAAAGCCUACCUUAUCGGCCAUGUUCCUCCCAACGAUGAUGACGACGAAAAGAUCUUCAAAGACAAGUGUCACUCCAAAUAUAUCAAUCUCUUGGGCAAAUACAGCGACGUAAUUACCGGUCAUUUUACAGACGAUAUGUUAUCAGCUGUUGUCAAGGACCACGGUGACUCAUACGGUCAUGUCUCAGCCGUGCACAAGAAAAAGAAGUUGAAAGAUAUCAAUGCUGACAGGGCCGUGACCGUGAUGUUCAAUGCUCCCUCUAUCCUUCCUUCCAACAAUCCUGCUAUUCGAGUCUAUGAAUAUGACACUGGUUCCGGCGAUUUGCCCGCAGGAACGAUCAAGGACUGGAACCAGUACUAUGUAGAUCUCAAGAAAGCCAACAAGGAAGAUAAAGUCACCUACGAGAAGGAAUACCAAGCUUCCAGAUUAUUCGGCAUCAACCAUUUUGAUGCGGCGGGUAUCAAGAAGAUCUUUAAGAAGAUUGCCACUGACAAGAAGCUUAGAAAGCAGUAUUCAAAAUAUGUCAAAGUUUCCAGAAAAGAUUGAACCAUUAUUAGAUAAUUCAGUAUAGAUUAUUUGCUUUACAAUAACAGGGCUGGAUCCUUGUCAUUGCACUUUUGUACUUUUAAACUGUUAUAAAGUUUUUUCUCUAUUAUCCUCUGAAUUUGUUUUUCUUCCUGUGGUCAAAGAAUAGUUUUUAGAAUCUU